UCCUGCACAUUGUGUGGUAGAAAACGUGUCAGGGUAUCAUGGAUGCCACGUUGAAGUUCACACUCAGCGCUCUGUGGAACCUCACAGAUGAAUCUCCUACCACCUGCAGAUACUUCAUAGAGAACCAGGGACUAGAGCUCUUCAUCAAAGUACUCGAGUCCUUUCCAUCAGAGUCAUCCAUUCAACUGAAGAUCCUGGGUUUACUGAACAACAUCGCUGAGGUGGGGGAGUUGCACGGUGAGCUGAUGGUUCAGAGUUUUCUGGAUCACAUCCGCUCUCUGCUGCACAGUCCAGAGGUGGAGGUCAGUUAUUUUGCCGCAGGCAUCUUGGCACACCUCACCUCACGGGGCGAGAAGGUGUGGACCCUCGACCUGUCACUCAGGACCACGCUGCUGGAGAAACUGCAUUCGGUGAUUCUGAAGUGGCCAAUGCCGGAAUGUGAGAUGGUAGCGUACAGGUCGUUCAACCCUUUCUUCCCUUUACUGGAGUGCUUCCAGACCCCAGGAGUCCAGCUGUGGGCCGCAUGGGCCAUGCAGCACGUCUGCAGCAAAAAUGCGGGGCGGUACUGCAGCAUGUUACUGGAGGAGGGAGGACAGCAGCAGCUAGAGGCAAUGAGGUCACAUCCCAAAACCCACGGCGACGUGCGGCGAUUGGCCGAAAGCAUCCUAGACAGUUUACAUCGCCACAGAGCCACCCAAAAUACACAUGCAUAGAGAGAAAAACCUUCCAUGACACAAUUAGUGGUCUCUGGAUAGGAUGCCGCAAAAAACUGGAAGCUUUUUGUAUGUGUUUGUGUU